AGGAUAUGACAGGAUUUAAUGACGUGGUUGUGAGACAAGUUGUGACAUAUUGUAUAUCGAUCAAUAUAUGUAUAUAUAUAUAUAUCGAUUUUUGUAUAAACUGCGCGUUUCUCGCCAGUUGCCCGGAAUUAUAAUCCAUCAGAUUUGCUGUUAAAUAUAAUUUUGCCUUUUUAUUAUUGUUAUAACAACAUUAAAUAUCUACGAUGCGAAUAUUCAAAUUACCAUUCACUUUUUUCCGAGUAAAGUUCAAAAAGAACUCAUUCAAGAUACUCAAUUUACCGCUUGUUGCAUUAACAAAUGUCAUUAAUCAAUUGGAUAUUCAAUCAGUAUCAAAACUUUCGAAGACUUCGAAGAAGAUGCGCAUAAACAUAAAGAACGCCAGAAGAAAAGUGCACAAAUUAAUUAUUGAUAAUCAUUUCGAGUAUCAUAUUGAUAAAUUCCAUCAACCUUUAUUCUACCAGAGAAUUAUUCUUUUAGAAACAAAGAGUGACGUCGUGUCUGCCUAUUCUUAUGUCGCAAAUCAAGAGAAUAUGAAUGACUAUAUUUUGACAAUGUACAGUGUCGAUUUCUGGAUUGAUUGGUUUCAUUCGAUAAACAAUUGGAACAAGAAACAACGCGAUCAGUCAAUAUUCGAGUAUAGAAGUUCAAAACAACUUUUGAAAUUCUUAAAUUGUUUUGAUGGAAUAUUUACAAUCGACCACUUGGAUUUGAUAAUCGACAAAGAUGUACUUUUUGGUGAUUAUCAAUCAAUUUUAAAUCAUCCAAUAUUUCGAAAGUGUCACUACAUAGAGAUUGGCGGGAGAGAUUCCAAUAUCUCGACCGAAGAAAUGCAAUUUCUAUUGAACAAGAUCAAUGUCAACUAUGGAAUGCUAGUUCGAUGUGAAUUAUUGGGAAGUAUGAAUAAUGAAGCUAUGUUAAAAAUUCCUCGCUUGGAUAUAUUCACCGCAGAAUAUAUAACCCUGAAAGACUUGGUGAACAUGGAUUGUGAAGUCAUUAAAUUAUGGAGACAUCUAUUCACAUCACAGCAUAUCAAUCAAUUUAUUCAUCAUUGGAUGGCAGGAGCGGUGCCGAAAUUAAGAAAACUUCGUUUGAAUUAUUUCUGUGAGCCUAGUUGGGUCGAUGAGAUUUUGCUUGGCGUUAAACAUUCGAAAUGGGACAGAAGACGCCGACCGCAAUUUUUUUGUGAUGGAUUGGAACGGGUUGAUUGUGCAGAUGGAGAUGAUAUUGAACGAGAUGAUGGAUUACAUGCUACUGUAAUUUUUAUGCACGACGCUAUUAACUUUCUUGUAUGGCAUGACAAAUUUUCUUUGAAUAAUAACAUAAAAUAAAACUUUCAAAUCCUUGAAAAUUACUUAGAAUUUUUUUUUCGUAAACUUUAUUUAGUGAUACAAACAAAACAAAUCACCAACUUAAUUUGAAUCCCUUUCAAAUUCUUUUAAAAAGUCGAAAAGUUUCUGUUCAUUUUUGGAAUUAGGAAAUUCAAAUUUUCACUGAAUUCUUUUUAAACAUGUUUGCAAAAAUUCGAAAUAAAAA